CAUGUGUUUUUUUUUCAUUCUGUAAUUGUUUCUGUUAUAUUAACCUCUUAAUAUACAUCUACUUAGUAUUUUAACGAUAAUUUUCAUUUAAUAUCACUAAUUUUAAAAAACCUCAGUUACUUACUAUAAUAUAAUAUUAUAAAGUAUCUAAGAUUGAUUUACUAGCACCAUCUGAAACCACUUCAGUGUCACGUCAAAACUGAUCUACUGCUCAACCGUGUGUACGUGUCGAUAAGUUCCGAAUCAAUCAACAUGUCGAACUUACCAUCACCAAUAGCAACCGACGACUCCGCCCUAGAAUUAGUAAGGAUUUUCGAGAGGUGUACUGAAAUCCUGCAGUCUACAGGAUUAGACGACCAGUUUGCAGCCACGCUGAGGCCGCGUCCAGUGUCUGAUUUAGCAGAAGACCCGAUUAUAUUGGCCAUGUACAAUCGGGGUUGGGAUGACUGGACUGCAGGCAUCAACUUAGUCCACAGCUCCACAAAAGGCAUCCGAACACGAUCACUAUCCGAACUCGAAUAUAUGGAAUUACUUGAUCUUCACUUGAGGACUCGUAUUCUAUUGGAGAGAGAAGGUGGUUUGUCAAACGUUUUUGAACGUGUUUGGGCAAUAGUGGGCUUGUUUUCAAUGGACAAAAUACGAAAUUCCCCGAUACUAUGGGCGGCAUAUACACGUGGUUGGGAUGACCAUAGAAAUGAAAGUGACCUUGAUUUUAAUUGAUCGGAUUCUCUAUUCACAGAGCCAGCGACAUGUCAGAUACAUCAC